AUGCAGAGGUUGAGGUAUGCACACUCUCCGGAUGCGGGAUUGUGCAAGAAUGACAGAGGCAGGGAGGAGAGAGAGUACAGGUGAGUCGGAAAGAGGAGGGGUCAUUUCACAAGAGAAGCAGUGAGACAGGGGUGAGGCGAGGAAGUGUAUAAAAGAUAGCAAGGGUUAGAAAGAGAGAGAGGAAAGUCGGCCAUCUGUGAAAGACUGCAGUCAUCCCUCACUCUCAGCUCUGUACCUGCAGACUCAAUGAGCCGUCCUACGCUGCAGCAGGGCCAAAGCCAUGCGAUUUCUCAGGCUUACUCAGCCUUACUGCGCCCCUGCAGCAGGAGAAGCACCCAGGGCCUCGUAGAGCUGGGACUCCAUGAAGUCUACUGUAACUGCCACGCUUCAUGGAAGGAAGGAUCGGACAAUGAUGCCAUAACUGUCACAGUGUCAGAGGAAGUAUGUCUGCGACAGCGGAGAACAGCAGUUUGUGGAGAUGACAGGCUCAGCAGAAUUACGAAGAGGGCGAAGUUUCUGCAGGCGCUAACGAAGCAGCUGAAGAUCUGA